AUGUUUGGUUUCAUCAAUGGAUUGAACUACUUUACAAAUAUCUUUCAUGUUCAGUCAAAUCCGCUAGGUUUUAGUUUUUUGAUUAAAGCAACGCUGUUCUACUUUAAUUCACUAGUAGUUGACUGUAGAGUCUAUGGUUACUCGGAAAUCGAUAGAGUCGAUUGGAUUGUAAAGAAUAAAUAUUAUGGUUUGCUAAGAGAUAAAUUUAAUUUCGGAAUGGAUACACUUUCAAAGCCGACUCUUCAGGCUAUAAAACUAAUGUGUUCCGAUACCAAUGUUGAACUAUCGCUGAUAGAUCACUGUUAUCAACGAUACCUAACGAUAUGGAGCGAUGAAUAUUGGGCUGUUGAUUCGGCAGCUGAAUCAGGUCGUUUAGAGCUCGUACAAUGGCUACUGAGGAGAUCGAUGCCGUUCACUAAUCGUGCACUGGAGAAGUCAGCAUCCGGUGGAUUCAUUGAUGUUGUUAAGCUAUUGCAUGAAGCUGACCAGCCUUUAAGGGCGUGUAGAUACAACUGUGCGUUAGAUCUGGCAGCGGAGAAUGGGCAUUUGGAGGUUGUGAAAUUCCUCAGUGAUGCUGGAUAUGGUUGUUCGGUCAAUGCGAUAGAUAAUGCCUGUAAAGGUAACCACAUGCAAGUGGUCGAAUACCUCUUGGAGAAUCGCACAGAAGGAUUCUCAAUGGAUGCAUUGGCUUUUCUUGCAACCAGUGGUAGCAUCCAAUGGUUUAAAACACUCUACGGAAGAAAGAAAGGUAUUAUGAAGAAGUACAAAUCCUAUCUAAGAAUUAAAAAAUGGAGAUUUGAUUAUUUCCAUUGGUUGAUCAUUAGCAAUGCAAUCUCAGCCGAACAAUUAGAGUUUCUUCGCUACCUUGAAAAAGAAACAAAGAUAAUGGAUGCUUGUCAGUCGAAUCUGUUGGAUACAGCGGCGACCAAAGGUAAUCUGGAGAUAUUCAAACUGUUGGUGGAACAAUACGAUAUGAAUAAAACGAAUUUGAGUGGUGUACUUGAGAUUGCAUGUUGGAACGGUAAUUUGGAAAUUGUAAGAUAUAUGGUCGAUAAUCUACAGAAAUUGAUCAGUCAAAACACUUCUUAUAUCGACAAUGCUUGUAUAAAUGGUAAAUUGGAGUUGGUUUUGCUACUUCUCUCAAAAGGAUAUCCUUAUUGCAAUCAGAGUAUGAUAAAUGCGGCCUAUCAUGGACAUAUCGAUAUUUUUAAGCAUUUGUUGACUCUACCACAAACCAAUUUCAAUGAAAUUGUCAAUGGAUCUGUCAUUGAGAUGGUUGCUAGAAACGGUCAUCUCGAUAUUCUAAAGUAUAUUGAUGGAUUGAUGAAAGAAAGAAAUAUCACGAAUAUUCAAGAGUAUUUAACAAGCAGAGCGGUCGAUGAAGCAGCUUCAAACGGUCAGAUAGCAGUGUUCGAUUACCUAGUACAUGAUCAUCAUUGUUCAAUAAAUUCAAAACAAUUGGUAUUUGCUGCUGGUGGUGGAUCAUUUGAUAUGGUCAAAUAUCUAAUGGACAAACACCGUGAAAUAGUGGAACCGUCACUACCCAUUGCAUUGGAGUUGGCAGUACACAAAGGUUUCUAUUCAAUUGUGACUUUACUACAUGAGUAUAAUCAGCCUAUAGCGAUAACCAAUGCAACCUACAACCUUGCUUGUGUCUCUGGAAAUCUCUCGAUUAUCAAAUUCCUGGAGAGUCAUUAUCCAGCGGAGGAUCUUACUUUUGCGCGCUACCAAGCCUACAUGAAGGCAGUGGAGAAAGGUGACCGAAAACUAUUGGAGUUUCUAACGACUCAUGGAAGAGGAUAUAAUCUCAAGGAUGGCAAUGCAAUCAAAGAUCUUUGUAUAUCAAUGUUGAAACGGAUCACUUCGCAUGGCGAUAUCGAGAUGUACAAUUUGAUACCAGAGUUGCAAACCAUUGUAACCAAAGAUCUGAGAGUCUAUAUGAUGACAGUCGGUGCAAUAGAGUCUGGUAACUUUGGUAUACUGGAAGACUUGGAAGAAUGUAACAACGAAAAUAUAAAAUAUGCAGUGAUGCAUGAGAUUGCAAAGAAUGGUAACUGUAAGAUGUUUAAAUAUCUCAUGAGAGAUCGACAGUCGAUGAUUCCUGGUCCCUAUCAGCGAAUUGUCUCUACGAAUCUCGGUGCUUGUGGCCACACUACCAUAUUAUACCUAUUCUUCAAUGAUAUAUGUAAAAAGGAUCCAUUAAAUGUGUUAUCAGGUGCAUUAUGUUCCAGCAACAACAAAGUUCACAUUGUUCAAUAUUUGGUAGACAUUGUUGGAUUAUCGACAUUGCGCUCUAUUGUAAAGAAGGAUAAAAUGUUUAUAAUAGCAAAUGAAACGGUCUCUGAUCUCAUAGAGUAG